UGUGGGUUUCAAAAUGACACCACGCCUCCGCUUCCGCCUGCUGCCGCGCCUAGAGAAGGCCGGGAGGUAGUCACUUCCGCUGGGGCAUCUCACUGCGUCCGGGUCAGCUUCUGUCGCCUCUUCUACAGCUGCGGCCGGGAAACCGGGCUGGACUUUUUACCGCUGACCGAGGGGAGCGGGCUCCGCUCGGUGCCGCCUUCUGCGACCUGGCCGUCAGCCCCACGUCGCCGGCCUGGAGGGGCGAAGAGGACGAGGGGGCCAAGGCUUCCUCCGGGGAUAUUGGCUCUCUGGAUUAUCAGGAGUCAAUAGUUGACAUUGAAUCCAGGCUGAGAAUGGAAGGUGUAGAACUGAAAGAAGAAUGGCAAGAUGAAGAUUUUCCAAUACCUUUACCAGAAGAUGAUAGUAUUGAAGCAGAUAUACUAGAUGUAACUGGACCAGAGAGCCAGCCUGGCUUAUUAGAAGUUAAUGGAAAUAAAGUAAGAAAGAAACUAAUGGCUCCAGAGAUUAGCUUGACACUGGAUCCGGGUGAUGGCUCUGUGUUGUCAGAUGAUUUGGAUGAAAGUGGGGAGAUUGACUUGGAUGGUUUAGACACACCAUCAGAGAACAGUAAUGAGUUUGAGUGGGAAGAUGAUCUUCCAAAACCCAAAACAACAGAAGUAAUUAGGAAAGGCUCAAUCACUGAAUAUUCAGCAGCAGAAGAAAAAGAAGAUGGACGACGCUGGCGUAUGUUCAGGAUUGGAGAACAGGAUCACAGGGUUGAUAUGAAGGCAAUUGAGCCCUAUAAAAAAGUUAUCAGUCAUGGAGGAUAUUAUGGGGAUGGAUUAAAUGCCAUUGUUGUAUUUGCUGUCUGUUUUAUGCCUGAAAGUGGUCAACCUAACUAUAGAUACCUGAUGGACAAUCUCUUUAAGUAUGUUAUUGGCACUUUGGAGCUAUUAGUAGCAGAAAACUACAUGAUAGUUUAUUUAAAUGGUGCAACAACUCGAAGAAAAAUGCCCAGUCUGGGUUGGCUCAGAAAAUGUUAUCAGCAAAUUGAUAGAAGGUUACGGAAAAACCUAAAAUCCCUAAUUAUUGUGCAUCCCUCUUGGUUUAUCAGAACACUCCUGGCUGUUACAAGACCAUUUAUUAGCUCGAAAUUCAGCCAAAAAAUUAGAUACGUCUUUAAUUUGGCAGAACUAGCGGAACUUGUUCCCAUGGAAUAUGUUGGCAUACCAGAAUGCAUAAAACAAGUUGAUCAAGAACUUAAUGGAAAACAAGAUGAACCGAAAAGUGAACAGUAAGUUUGGCAUCUAGUUCAAACAAGACUGAAGAAUGUGCUGAUGAAGCAGUGCUCUCUUUUGCAUUUAUAAUGCAUUUAUUGGCUUGCAUUUUUAUGUAAUCUGUUACAAAAUUGACUUUUUCUUAAUGGACUUUUGUACAAGGGGCUAUUCACUGCUGUAUUGGUUUGCAAAUCUCUCGAAUUUAGCUCUUUAAUGGUUAAUUAUAUUGUAAUCAUUUUGUAUUUUAUAUUGCUAAUUAGCAGAGAACUACACUUUAUAAAGCAGUUUUUGCAUUUGUUUAUUGAGUGAUGAUGCAUCUUCAGUAAAAUAUUUAUAUGCCUAAAUGUCAAAGAAAUAAUAUAUAUUUUUAUGUUUUUGAGCAAAAUUUUUUAAUGUAUACCUAUCUUGUAGAAGAAUAGGCAGGUAAAUAAGAUCAUGAUUUUAUAAAGUACAUGUUAGAUGUUUUGAUUUUAUAAAUGGUUGAAUACAUUUCCUGGGUAACUUUAGAAAAUUAAGUUGCUCUAAGGCAAGGGUCAGUUAAACUGAUUCUCUCAAAUAUCCAAAGAUCAUGUACAUAAUUUAAGUAGAUAGUACCAUCCCAAGCUUUUUUUUUUUUUUUCCACUUAAUGUAUAUUGUUCCUUAAUUCAGAAGCACAAAUACAAGUGCAUUGUACACUUUUUCCUCUGAAAACAAGUCAAAAAGCCAUUUUUAGAACUAAUAGGUUAGAAGUUAGGGUUUGUACAUAUGUAAAUAUGGGAUAUUUUAUCUUCUGGCCGAAAGUCAGAACUGUUAUAAAAAUUUUUGGAUUUGUUCACUAAUGUGAAAUAAGCUGUGUGUCCAGGGUAUCACUCCCCAGAAUUCGUGUGAGUGCUUUGUGAUAUUGCAGAGAAUGUGAUGAGUGUUCACUGUCACAAUUUCUGUAGAAAACAGGGGCUGCUUUUUAAACUGCUCUCACUGUGGGCACUUUACCAAAAUACUUCCAUAUCAAUUAUUUGAACUCAGUAGUAGUUUGACCUAGUCAAAUAUGAUGUGCUUUCAAGUUUCUGUUGAAUCAAGUUUGACAAUAAUAGACAAUAAUACUGUAAAUUAAGUUAAUUUUGUAUGUCUUAGAGCAUCAUUAUAUUGCGCUGUUUGGGAUGAAACAUUUGAUAAGUAUGUAAACUCCUUGUUUCAUUUGGUAAGUACUAUUAUAUUGAAAUAAAUUGUAUUUGUGCCUCCAAACAGAGCUUAAUUAACCACAGAAUCAUUCUAAAACAACAGAUUUGUCCAGAAUUUUCAUAAACUUGAGUGACAUAUACUUAGUAAAUUUAAUAUUCUCCAUAUUUAAAGGUCAUGCUGUCCAGCAUGUCCUGUAAGCUAUUUUACAAAAAGAGAAGGGUAGAGUAGCAAAAUUGAAGUAGAUUUGUGCUUAGCUUUUUAAGAUUUAUUCUCUUCUGUACUGAUCAUACAAUCAUGGCUUUACCAUUGUCAUUUUUUUAAUAUAAAGUGUCUGCUAUAAAAGGGGAUUUUCCUUUACUUUUUGUCCUCAUCAGUCCUAAACUUGGCAUGCUGACUUAAGUCCAGUUAUGGGAGAUGCUAGAGGAUUCCUUGGAUGAAGCAUUCUUCAGCAGCCUUUUGACUGGGAUCCAGCAGCUCUAGACAGAUCCUUUAUUAAUGUCAUUACAAUGAAUUAAGCCAAAACCAUUAUUCUUGCUGAAAUCUUAGAAACACUUUGUAUUGAAGAAAUAAACUGACAAGAACUAUUCAGUUAUUCCUUCAGAAUUUGGGGAUUAUGAAUAAAGAUGUUGGAUUUAAUUGUGGUUAGAUAACACUUGUAGACAAUUUUAAGUAGUCUUUCAUCUGUGUGUCUCAAAGUGGACUGGGCUUUUUAAUAGAUGGUUUUGCACCACAUUAAGUAUUUGGCUCUUCAGUUUCAAAAAUACAUAAUAAUUUUCACUCAAUUCUUUUAUUGUGUUUAUUAACUUAUUUUUGCAGAAAUUGUUCCUAAAUAUAUAUUGUUGCAAAAUGGUCUGUUUCAAUUUUUUUUAACAACAGAAGUAGCCUAUUUGCUGUCAGAAUAUUAAAAUUCAGAAAGAACAAUGACAUUUUUCCAUAUUUGAUUUUAAUUUCCAUUGCUGAUUGAUGUGAAAGUACUUAUAAUUUAUUAACUUUCUGCCAAGGUCAUGGAACUAACUUAACUGGUUUGAAUAUUCUGUCACUGUCUUUGGCUCUAAGUGCACCUUUUUAACCAAAAGUUUCUCUUAAAAAAGUAUGAGGUAAUUUGAUCCUCUAUUCUGCUUUGAUUAUAGUACUAAGCAAGCACCAAGGAGAGACAUGAUACCAACCCCACAUUUAAGCUUUUAAUAGUCUAACUCAAGGGGUUAGGAGGAGAAAUGAAAUAGGAUUCUAAUAGGGUCUACCAGUGUUAUUGAAAAGAAGGGAAACCUUUAUAAAGGAAUAAAGAUUUAGCUGUUAUCGGAGAUUCCAUUGAAUGUGUCUCUCCUAAGAAAAGUACUAUAUAUAUAUGGCAGCUGAUUAUUUGUAUCCAGCAGAAAACCUAUGGACUAUGCACAAUGUAUGAACAAGACUGGAUUGAAGAGGAUAAAGCUGGUAAAACCUACAAAUAGAAUUCAUAUUUUCCUCUGCUUUUUCUUUUCAUAUAGAAGCAAGUUUGAAUCCUGGCUUAGUAAGUAGUGUGCUCAAAUUAAAGUUUAGAACCAUUAUUUCUGGUUUUAAAUUUGAUAAACCUUAGUUUUCCGUAAGGGACAUCACACUGCACUGAAUACUGAAAUCUGAUUAACAAAUAAAUAUAGCUAGAAUUUCAUCAACUGCAAUUCCAGAAUUAAAAAAGGUAAAGGGUUUGUCUCUUAAUAGACUUCUUUCAACUAACUGUAUAAACUCAGUAUUAGCUGUUUAUAUGAGAGCUCAGAGAAUUUGGAAAUGUGUUUGAUUUAAUGUAAAAGUGGCUUUUUAAAUUUCUUCAGUUGAUAGUUAAAUUAGCAUUAGAACUUAACUGGUACAACAAGCCAGUUUCUUGAUGAGGUUAGUAAUAUUGUAUGUAAGAUGACACAGUACCUUCAGCCUUCCCUUUCCUGUAUGCUAAAUAGAAAAUUGUUAACAUUGCUCAAUCAGAUGGCAGGCUGAGAUAGGAUGACACUAGAGAUUGGCUACACCAUUCCAUUUUGUUUUCAUGCCUUUUUCCCCAUGUCCUUGAAAAAUGGAUUAUAAAUAAAUCUCAGGAAUGAAGUAAAUGAAUUAAUGUACUUAAAAGGCCUGUUUUGCAAUAGGAGAGGUUUUUUUUCUAAUUUUUUAAACUUUAUUUAUUUAUCUAUUUUAUGUGGUGCUGAGCAUCAAACCUGGUGCCUCAGACAUGUUAGGCAAGCGCUCUACCACUGAGCCACAGUUCUAUCCCAGAAGAGUUUAUCUUGUCAUAGGGAAUGGGAAUGGUGCAGUUGGAGUUGCUAGGAGAAAGUGUGGAGAACUUAGACUGCAUGAGAAGACUAACUGGGGAGAAAAGUGAGGUACUAUCUACUGGAUAUUCUAAAUUAGUACAAAAGAAUUACCUGGGGGAACUCCCCUUCCUGAGAUUGUGAAUGAAUUUAAAAUCAGAUCACUGGGGAGGCCUAGUAAUGUAACUUCUUUAAAGUCCUAAAUGGUAAUUGAAAAUAGUUUGUUGAAUAGUAAGGAGUGACUAAAAUUUGAAAGGACACCUUUGUUGCAACUAUAUAUUUUUUUGAGAACUAAAUGAAAAAUGAACAACAAAUUAAGCACCAGGUGAAAAUCAAAAGAGUUCAUUGCUUUCACAUAACUAGAGUGUGACAUGCCUUUAUGCUUCAGAUAACUAUCUUACAAGACAUUCUACAAAUGAUUAAAAUGUUUGCAUCAGUAUCUUUCUGCAUUUUCACAGUUUGACAAAGAAGGAACUUGAAAACUAAUUACCAGCUGCUACUCCGCACUUUUUGAAUAUCGACUUAACAGUAGCUUAAUUGUUUACAUAAACUUAGCUAGUAAGUAAUGGUGUUUCAGAGUCACUGAUUUGCAAAGUCCUUGGGGCACUCAUUAUAUUCACUUGGAAUGAUUCAGUUUGUUAGAUACUAAUUGACUUUGAUAUAGUUCAAAAAUAUUUUUAAUUACCACAAGUUCACAAUUUAAUGUGACCUUUUCACUAUUAAGAUCAUGAUCUCAUUAUCUCUCUCUCUCUCUUUUUUUUUUUUUUUUUUUUUUUUUGUGGUGGUGGUGUUGGAGUUUGAACCCAGGGCUUGUGCAUGCUGGAAGAGCACACUACCAAUGAGCUUAUCCCCAGCCCAGGAUGAUGUUGACUAGCUUAGUACUGUCAUUUCACAGUGUGAGAAAUUCAGUUCUGAGGUGUAUGUGCAAAUUGUUGAUGUGUUUCAGGUGAGAAAUAACUCAGUUGGUCAUGAUUUGCUAAGAAGAUGUAAUUUUUUUUUUCCCUUUGACUUGUUAGGAGUACAACAACUUGUGUCCUGAUCUGUUGCACAUAUUUUUGCAACAUGCAUGAAUUUAAAUAAAUUAAUUGGAAUGACUGCA